AUUAAAAUGAAUACUUCUCUUGGGUCGGUGGUUAUAUUCUAUAAUAUUUUAAGCACAUGACGAUUUGACCAGUCCCUACUCUCUCUUUUUUUUGUGUUUGGUAACUGAUUGUGAUAGAUUAGGAGUCUGAUACGAUGUCCCCCUCCUACGACUUCGAUCAUUCAAACAAAUAUAUUAAAUCAAACAGGUUUAUCGUUGUGUAUAAUUUACUUGACUAAACUGAUAGCCAAACACCAAGGUUGGACAAUGUAUGUAGAAUCCUUGAUUACCAUUAUAUGUCGUUUCGGUAAUAAUGUUUUGAUGCUAGAGUUUAACUGUCUGGUAGUAUUAUAUUGGCCAGUAAAAUCUGAAUAACUAACCAAAAGAUAUGAAUCAGUUCAUCUCUUAUUGUUAUGUCUUAAUCUUGGCUAUGUUUUGUUCGAUUCUCGUUUCUCUCUCACUAGAGGUUGUGAUCGUUUAGGUCUGCCUAUCAAUGCGAUCGUUUUCAGUCUUUUACGUGUAGAUUAAGCUAAGCACUAUUUUUACAUCUUUCGGAUUUUUUCAUUACAUAAGCUUGAGAAUAAAUAAUAAAGUGUUUGAAACGGUUAUUUUAUUACAAUAAAGUAAUUACGUCGAGGAGAGGAGUAAAACAACACAUAACAUGGAUAGGGUCAUUGGCAAUACAACACGUAAAAAGUGAUAGGGUUCGAUCUAGGGUUAACAUGGAUUGCGGCGGGGAAGAUGAUCCCAUGAUGGAGACCCCCGAGGAGAAUCAACAGUUUACUUCUCAUAGGAAGCGCAAGGCGGAUGAAGUCGAAGAUGUUGGUGACGCAGGGAGCGGCGGAGAGGGCCGGGAUGAAGAGGACAUAGACGGCGACGUGUCUAGCCGUGAGGGGUUCCAAGAAUGGGACGUGGACAGUUUCGACGAUGGACACCAAUACAUACCCAAUAAGAAGAUCGAUCCAAACGAUGAGGAAGCUCAAAAGAUGCGUCGAUACAGGAUUCAGAUGUACGAGAGCAAUGGUUUCAACGUGGAUAAAGAAAACUUUCCUGGGAGAGUAGCCUACCGAGAACUCUAUCCUAUUGAUCUUGAUCAACCUUUUAAGAGUGGUCUUACAGGGCGAGCCUACAUGCAAAACAAUGUCGAUUUGACCGUGGACAAAUACAACAAAAUCAACGGGCUGUCUCUUACAUGUGUGUCUAUUGUGAGGGCUGUUGUCUGCACAGUCUCCUGUUCAGUCAAAUCCUACAUCACCUUCAUGGCCAGGGAGACUCCAGAUGGAGAUCUUGUCGAAUAUCAAGCUAAAACAGAACAGAUGCCCUGGCAAAACCGAGCCCACGGCCUCUUCUGCAGACCAACUCCUAAACCAAAAGUUAUACACGUGCCCAGGUACGAGGAUUGUGUAUCCAGUGAUUCUUCCACCGAUAGUAAUGCAUCUAGCCGCGGAAGCGACCAAGCAUGGGACGUCGAUAGCUUUGAUGAUGAAUCCGAGUACCAACCCCCUGAGAGAAUGUGUCCCAUCGAAGAGGAAAUUAAACUAAUGCGUCUUUAUAGACCAAAGAUGAACCGUAGCAAGGGUUUCUACGUGGAUGGAGAAACCUACCCUGGGGAAACUGUCUUUUUCUCUCAGGUUGAUCUUGAUGAACGCUUCCCCGGUAUUGAGCUUACAGGCCGUGAGCACAUGCAAAGCCUGGUAGAUUUGGCUCUUGAAAAAUACAACAACAUUAAGGAAACAAAUGUGACAUGUGAAUCAAUUGUGCGGGCGAAUCUGACGAGAGUGAACGGGUACAAGUUGUACAUCACGUUCAUGGCUAGAGAGUCUCCAGAGGGGGAGCUUGUGGAGUAUCAAGCAAAAACGGAGAGGAAGGUUUGGCAACGGAAAUAUCAUGCCAUGUUUUGCAGGCCAACUCCAAAAUCCAAAGAUUAACGCUUGUGAGUUUAUCCAAGUGAACUAGAAGAGCUAUCUUUGGUUUUAAAAUGCAUCUUUUAUCUCUUAGGGAUCAACUAAUGUUUCCUCUAGACUUCUUCAAGAGUUGUAAUGUGGUGAACUGUUCCUCUUUGAGGAUGGUACUAAUAUCAGUUCUUUUGUUUCAUUUUUGACCUUAUGCUAUAUUGGUGACAAUUGCAAAAUGUCUGGUUCAGUGAAUCGGUUAUAUUUUGAUCCUCGGUUUGAUCUAGUUUAAUUAAUUGAUAUCAGGCUGAUUUGAAUGACAUUAUUGGUAAAUUUGGUGCUGAGACGGCGUAGCUCACAGCAAAGAUAUCAGUAGCAAACUUGAGCAAUAUCUAGAGUUCGAGUUGAUAUUUUCUUAGGAGCUUACUAUGUCUUUUUUAAUUCAUUUACUCUUGUGGCUGCCUAAAUGAUGAACCAACAAAUGCCUAACAAUUGGACAUCUUUAAUUUGAGUCCUUUUCUACAAAUCUUUUAAAGAAGCCUAAUACUUCAUCAUCUGAAUUGUUUGGCCUGACAAGACAAAUCAUAAACAGCUAUUUAGAUAGCUUAAUCAGGAUUGAUCCUAAUCGACCAUAAUGACUUCAAAUCGAGUUAAGUUCCAUUUUCAUGAUUAAAAUGAACACUUCUCUUGGGUCAGUGGUCGAUUUGACCAGUCUGUGACUCUUUUUUGUGUUUGGUAACUGAUUGUGAUAGAAUAAGAGUACGAUACGAUGCCCCGUCCUACAACUUUGAUCAUCCAAACAAAAAUAUUAUAUCAAACAGGUUUAUCGUUCUGAUUAAUUUACUUUCUGACACUUUAAUUACUAAACUCUUAAUCAUCAUAGCUAAACACCAAGGUUGGAUGAUGUGUGUAGAAUCCGUAAUUACCAUUAUAUUUUGUUUUAGUGAUAAUGGUUUGAUACUAGAGCUUAACUGUCUACUAGUUUUGCCCAGUAAAAUUUGAAAUAACUAUCCAAAAAGAUAUGAAUCAGUUCUCUUAUUGUUAUGUCUUUAUCUUGACCAUGUUUUGUUCGAUUCUCUCACUAGAGGUUGUUUACAAGUUGGCUUAGCCCACACAACUCAAUUGACAACUAUAUCUUGAUUUAUAAAUUGAUUGACUUGCCGUGAAAGUGAUUAUGUGAAUGAGACAUGUUAUUCUACACGGAUUGGACUACAGUAGGCUGAAUUUGUCGUCAUUGACCUCAAAUUUAUUUUAACCAUUAACAAAAACAUUAUGAUCGAUAAUGGAUUUCAACCAAAUAUUUUAAACUGUUAAAUUACUUUACACUCACUAUAUUAACACAUGUCAUUGUUUCAUCGGAAACGUGUUUGAACACAAACGAUACAAUAACUAAAAUGAGUAGUUUCAAAUUUUAAGUUUAAACGACAUAGACAUUUGUUUGUUGUCGGUCCAUAGACAUCAAAACACAUUUGUCUUGUUUCAUGCUGCAGAAGAAACCGUAGAUGAGUCCGACAUGAGUUAUUUUCCUCGAAGCAGCUUGUGGGCUCUACUUGGAUGGUGGUGACCGUCGAGACAAUCAUAAUGAUCAAUAAUUUGAUAAUUGAAUACGUGAGAAAUUUUAUUUGAGAGAUGUACGUCACAUUUGAAAUAUAUUAACGACCUCUUUUAAUUAACGCUUAGACAAACGGCUAUAAGAAAUUACAAAAAAAAAGCUUCACUAACCAAAGAACGCUUAGACAAACGGCUACAAGAAAUUACACAAAAAAAAAAAAAACUUCACUAACAAAAUAUAAAACGUUUAGGUUUACGUGCUAUGCGCAACAUACUAUCUAGAUAGUAAUAAGAAACCGUAAUAUGUUAAAAUUACUCGACACUAGUUACAAAACUGUAAGUUCGAUUAAUCAUCCAUGGAAAGUUUAAGAGAUUUCAGAACCACAGAUAUAAUUAUCUACACGUCCCAACUAAGCUAUAGUAAUACUAUUUUAUAGUGUGUAAUUGUAGCAUGUGGUAUAAUACUUGGCUCCGGGGAUAAUAUUUUCUAGUUGUGAUAUU